GAUCUCGAGCACGGACUACACCCAAGGCGCUGUCUCGAUUCACAUCGGCUUUUCUUCCCUGCCCCCCCCAAAAAGCAGACCUCGGCAGCACGCAGCUAAGCGCUUUUUGGAGAGGCGAGCCUCGACUCGGGUGCUUCAAACCUUCUUUAACCUUAAAUCCAUCCAAAGAGUCUCUGUAGAGCGUCGUAAUAUUUUUUUGUUUACAAAUUGCAGCAAACAUGUCUUGGCAAAGCUACGUGGAUAACCUGAUGGCCGACGGCAGCUGCCAGGAUGCCGCCAUUGUCGGUUACACGGACGCCAAAUACGUUUGGGCAUCUUCAGAAGGGGGCACUUUUAGCGGUAUAACGGCCGAUGAAAUCGAUGUCAUAGUCGGCAAGGACCGGGAGGCCUUCUUCACCAACGGGCUGACCCUAGGGAAAAAGAAGUGCUCUGUGAUCAGAGACAGCCUGCCACUCGAUGGUGACUGGACUAUGGAUAUCAGGACGAAGAGUCAAGGUGGAGAGCCGACGUACAACGUUUCCGUAGGCAGAGCUGGCAAAGUCUUGGUUCUUGUAAUGGGCAAAGAAGGGGUCCAUGGAGGCGGAUUGAAUAAGAAGGCAUACUCGAUGGCAAAAUACUUGAGGGAUUCGGGGUUCUAACUAUUGGUUUUAGUCAUGGGAAAGGAAGGUACCCACGGAGGACAGCUCAACAAGAAAGCAUUUACCAUGGCUGAAUACCUGAGGAGAGCUGGAUACUGAAGCAGCCCCCUUUCCAUCCAUCCACACAGCAGCUCACUGUAACAUCCCAUCAUCCCUUUCUCCCUCCUUGGUUUUUCUUUUUUCUUUUCUUUUUUCCUCCUUCACAGCACUACAGAUACUUAGUGGAUGCAUUGUCUAUCCAGCCCCUUAAUUCUCAACUGUGUUUUUUUUUUUUUUGUUUUUUUUUUUUAAAAAUGUACACCCUUACUUCCUCUCUUCCUUCUAUUUAGCAUACCUAUCCCAUUCCCAUUUUCCUCAUCCUUAUAGUGCCACAAAACAAGCAUGUUCAUUUUAUGAAGGCUUAAAACAAAAACACAGUACUGUACAUAAAGCAUUUAAGACAAUUGGGCUUUUCAGAUUUGCAUAAACGAAUCGUCACUGUCCAGUUUUCCUGAGGCACUUAUCUAGUGGUCCAUCGAUGCCUCUCGAGUGCUUUGAGCCUUGCUGAGCUGUCGGUCUUCCCUAGUGAUUUUUUCUUUCCAGCAUGGCCAGGAGGGUUUAAAAAGUGCAUGCAUAUCUCUUUUAGCUCAAUAUCAUCAAAUACCUAACUACCAUACACUACCAGUGUCCUCCCAAAAAAAAAAAAAAAAAAAAGUAAUAAAUUGAACCACACUACAUAAUUCUUGCCCUUAUACUUGUAACCAGUUUUAUUCAAAAUACAACAUCCAAUGCUUUUACUGUUGUAUCUGGAUGUGGUGUUGUGAGUCUUCGAUGUAAUGUUGGAUUUUUUUUUUUUUUUUUUUUUUUCUUCUUUUGAAUGUGAUGGCAGAUCAGCAUUUACAACGUCUAGGUUUAAAACAAAAAUCGCUUCUGGACUCUAAGGACAUUCCACCGCUAAUAUAGCCACUUAGCAACUUAUUUACCAGCUAGUGAUUUUGAUUUAUUGUAAUUUUUUUAAAGCACUGCCCUUCCGAUGUAACUCUGGUUUGGUGUCCAUUCAUAUUAUAGAUAUUAUUUUUUUUCUCCAGUAGGACCAAUUUUUUUUCUGCAUUUUGGAGGAUUAACAGAUUACUGAAGGAUCGACUGCUAGCUUCAUCUGUUUGUAGAACAUGAAAUUGAACAUUUCAAAUACACAGUAUAACACUAACCUCUUGACUUCACUAGUAAUGGUAUCCAUGACUUGGGGAUGGAUUACAAAGCUCUAAUGGUAACUACCUGAUUAUUAUUAUUAUUAUUAUUAUUUUUUUCUUUCUCACAAUGAAUGUUUUGAAUAGAUGAAAUGGCAGUCUUAUUGUUGACUUUAAAUCCUUUAACCCCCAUUUUGUCUGUUAAUCCUGUCAGUUUUCAAACAUCAAGUCAUUUGUGCUUUAUUCAACUGCGAUAUAUCAACUUGUCAUAGCACGGUACAAAUAUUUCAUUAAAUAGGCAAAAAAAACAAAACAAAAAAAACCACACACUGAAGUAACUGUGUACACUAAAUUUUCUGGGUUAUGGUGGUAUUAGUUAAAGAAGAAAAAGACCACUAGUCAGUUGUAUUGUUAACUUUAAUAAUAAUAAAAAAAGCAGUGUAUCCUGUGCCAUAAUGUAGAUCUGAUCUGUUGCUACUGUGAGAUGGAUUUUAAAACCGCUGCCUUGUUAGGAGUCGAUUCUCGAAUGGCACCUUCUUUGGGAUAUCUGACAUUAAAAUUUUCAAACUCUCCAGGGCUUGUGGAAUAUGUACAGAUUAAAGUGAAACAUGUCAACAAAUCAUGUUCAUUUCUCUCCUUUCUUUUGUUGCACCCGAUUUAUGAUUAUGAAAUCCUGACCAGCUGAUAUCUAUACAACCCGAUUUUGCGUGGAAAAUGCCAUGAAUUAACCACCUUGUUUACAGACAGAUCAAAUAAAUCUAUUCCAACCAGAAAGAA